GAAACAGCUGUAUGGAGUGAAUGUCCCAGAACUGUCAGAAAUAGAGACUAUUUCUGACAGUUCUGGGACAAUCACUCCAUACAGCUGUUUCAACCGCUGUAUGGAGGGAAUGUCAUGGAACUGUCAGAAAUAGACUAUUAAUGACAGUUCUGGGACUGUCCUUCCAUACAAUGUUUCAACCGCUGUAUGGAAGGACAGUCCCAGAACUGUCAGAAAAUAGUCUAUUUUCUGACAGUUCUGGGACAUUCACUCCAUACAGCUGUUUCAACCGCUGUAUGGAGGGAAUGUCAUAGAACUGUCAGAAAUAGACUAUUAAUGACAGUUCUGGGACUGUCCUUCCAUACAGCG